ACCUCAUCUUACCCACUUCACUUGCGCACCGCUACCCAUCCAGCCGUCGCCAGUGAUUCUCCCAGACAUUCUUACGCACUUCACCACAUCCUUCCAUCAAAGUCACAGUAGCCAUGCAGAUCUUCGUCAAGACCCUCACCGGCAAGACGAUCACCCUUGAGGUUGAGUCUUCGGACACCAUCGACAACGUCAAAGCCAAGAUCCAAGACAAGGAGGGCAUUCCCCCGGACCAGCAGAGGCUUAUCUUCGCUGGUAAGCAGCUCGAGGACGGACGGACGCUCGCGGACUACAACAUCCAGAAAGAGUCGACGCUCCACCUCGUCCUGCGCCUGCGUGGUGGUAUGCAGAUCUUUGUCAAGACCCUUACUGGCAAGACGAUCACCCUCGAGGUUGAGUCGUCGGACACCAUUGACAACGUCAAGGCCAAGAUUCAGGACAAGGAAGGCAUCCCUCCGGACCAGCAGCGCUUGAUCUUUGCCGGAAAGCAGCUUGAGGAUGGCCGGACUCUUGCCGACUACAACAUCCAAAAGGAGUCUACCCUUCACCUGGUUCUUCGUCUGCGCGGUGGUAUGCAAAUCUUUGUCAAGACAUUGACUGGCAAGACGAUUACCCUCGAAGUUGAAAGCAGCGACACAAUUGAUAACGUCAAGGCAAAGAUUCAAGACAAGGAAGGCAUCCCUCCGGACCAGCAGCGACUCAUCUUUGCCGGAAAGCAGCUUGAGGACGGCCGCACGCUCGCAGACUACAACAUCCAGAAGGAGAGCACCCUUCACCUCGUUCUCCGACUCCGUGGUGGUAUGCAGAUCUUCGUCAAGACACUUACGGGCAAGACAAUCACAUUGGAAGUGGAGAGCAGCGACACGAUUGACAAUGUCAAGGCAAAGAUCCAGGACAAAGAGGGCAUUCCUCCGGACCAGCAGCGACUCAUUUUCGCAGGAAAGCAGCUCGAGGACGGCAGGACACUGGCUGACUACAACAUUCAGAAGGAGUCGACGCUCCACCUCGUGCUCCGGCUCCGCGGUGGUAUGCAGAUCUUUGUCAAGACGCUGACGGGCAAGACCAUCACGCUUGAAGUGGAGAGCAGCGACACCAUCGACAAUGUCAAGGCCAAGAUUCAGGACAAGGAGGGCAUCCCCCCGGACCAGCAGAGGCUGAUCUUUGCCGGCAAGCAGCUCGAAGACGGCAGGACGCUGGCCGACUACAACAUCCAGAAGGAGUCGACCCUGCACCUUGUCCUCCGUCUCCGUGGUGGCCAGUAGACUGCCUGCGACAACCUAUCGUUACCCCCCUUUGUGUCCCACCUGCUGUUUAGUUACCAGUGAUUAGCCAAUCAAUGCUG